UUCCCCUCAGCCGCGGCCGCUGCCGCUGUGGGGGGAGGAUGAGGGGGAGCCGCGGCGGGGUUGGUGCUGCAGCCGUGCUCGCCUGAUCGGGCCCGGCGGUUCCCCGGCGGUCCUCCGCGCCGCCUCGCACCUUGCUGCCGCCCCGGGGCGGGCCGUCGCGCCGAGUGGAUGCCCAGCGCCUGCCCGCCGCCGCCGCCUGGCGCCUAGCAGGCACCGCCAGGGCAGAGACCCGCGGACGCCAUGGGCUGCUGCAGCUCCGCCGCGCAGAGCUCCAAGCGAGAGUGGAAGCCUCUGGAGGACCACAGCUGCACAGAUGUACCAUGGCUGCUCUUAUUUAUCCUCUUCUGCAUAGGAAUGGGUUUUAUCUGUGGCUUUUCAAUAGCUACAGGAGCAGCUGCAAGACUGCUUUCAGGAUAUGACAGUUACGGAAAUAUUUGUGGACAGAAAAAUGUCAAGGUGGAGGGAGUAGUCAACAGUGGUCUGGACCUCACACACAAGAAGUAUGUGUUCUUCCUGGAUCCAUGCAACAUUGAUCUAGUACACCAGAGGAUCAAGUCACUUGCUUUGUGUGUAUCAGCUUGCCCAAGAAAAGAACUAAAAACUCUGGCUGAUGUUCAGAAAUUUGCAGAAACUAAUGGAUCCACUCUGUGUAGCUAUGAACUACAGCCAUCAGAGUACACUACAGACCCAAGGGCCGCCAAGUUAUGUCCUAAAUAUCCUGUUCCAGAGAGUGCACCUAUUCCAUUCUUCCAUCGCUGUGCUCCUGUGAACAUUUCCUGCUAUGCCAAGUUUGCAGAGGCCCUGAUCACCUUUGUCAGUGACAGUAGUGUCUUACACAGGCUGAUUAGUGGAGUUAUGACCAGCAAAGAGAUUAUAAUGGGACUUUGCUUGUUAUCACUAGUGUUGUCCAUGAUUUUGAUGGUUAUAAUCAGGUACAUUUCAAGAGUACUUGUCUGGAUUUUAACAAUUCUCGUCAUUCUGGGAUCACUUGGUGGUACAGGGGUCCUGUGGUGGCUCUAUGCUAAGCAACGAGUAUCUGCCAGUGCUGUUGAGACUCAAAUAGCCAAAGACAAUCUUCAGGCUCUCCUGAUCUAUGCCAUUUCAGCUACAGUCUUCACGGUUAUCUUGUUCUUGAUAAUGUUAAUUAUGCGCAAACGAGUAGCUCUCACCAUUGCCUUGUUCCAUGUGGCCGGCAAGGUCUUCAUUCACCUGCCACUGCUAGUCUUCCAGCCAUUUUGGACAUUCUUUGUGCUUAUCCUCUUCUGGACAUACUGGAUCACAGUCCUGCUUUUCCUUGGUACUACAGGUAGUCCUGUCCCAAAUGAAGAAGGAUUUGUUGAAUUUCGGAUGUUAGGUCCUUUGAAAUACAUGUGGUGGUACCAUGUAGUGGGACUCAUCUGGAUCAGCGAGUUUAUCCUAGCCUGUCAGCAGAUGACAGUAGCAGGGGCUGUUGUGACAUACUAUUUUACAAGGGAGAAGAGGAAUCUGCCGUUUACUCCUAUUCUGGCAUCUGUUAAUCGCCUUGUUUGUUACCACCUAGGAACAGUAGCAAAGGGGUCUUUCAUUAUCACACUAGUGAAGAUACCACGAAUGAUCCUUAUGUAUAUUCAUACACAACUCAAAGGAAAAGAAAAUGCUUGUGCUCGCUGUAUGCUUAAAGCCUGCAUCUGCUGCCUUUGGUGUCUAGAAAAGUGCCUGACCUACUUAAAUCAGAACGCAUAUACAGCCACAGCUAUUAACAGCACCAACUUCUGCACGUCAGCAAAGGAUGCCUUUGUUAUUCUAGUGGAAAACGCUUUGCGAGUGGCUGCCAUAAACACGGUUGGGGAUUUUAUGCUGUUUCUAGGAAAGGUCCUGAUUGUCUGCUGUACAGGUUUGGCUGGGAUUAUGUUGCUGAAUUACCAACGAGAUUACACCAUCUGGGUGCUGCCACUCAUCAUUGUCUGCCUCUUUGCAUUCCUCGUUGCUCACUGCUUCCUGUCCAUUUAUGAAAUGGUUGUUGAUGUCCUUUUCUUGUGUUUUGCCAUCGAUACAAAAUACAAUGAUGGGAGCCCUGGGAGGGAAUUCUACAUGGAUAAAGUUCUCAUGGAGUUUGUGGAGAGUAGUAGGAAAUCUAUGAAAGAAGCUGGCCGGGGAGGUGGAGCUGAGGGCAGAGAGCUAAAACCAAUGGUAGGUGCAGAUGAGGAGGUGGCGAUCCUCCAAGAGUUUCACUUUUACUUCUUCUCCCUCUUUGUCUUUACUGACUGCACUUCUUCAGGAGAAGUUUUUGUUCUCUGUAUCACUCAAGAUGUUCUGCUUUUUCUGUUUGUGAGCUUGCCUAUCACCUGGAUGGCAGAGUUUUUGUCACAGCUGAGACCAUCUCCUGUAAAAGCCUCUGGAGCAAGUUCAUCUUGAAACUAGCCAGCCAUAUUGGAACCCAUUGACAUUCCAAAACAGUAUAUAUAUACAUAUAUACACACACAUAUAUAUAUAUAUAUAAAAAAUAAACAGCCAAAAUCAGAGAAAAGGAACAGGGAUUUAAUACUUUUUUUAACAAUUAUUUUUGUGAAACAUGUACUCUUUUCAUACGGGUGGCUUUUACAAGCAGCUUUAUCAUUGUUCCAUUUUUUAAAUUAUUCAUUGUGGUCAUGGAAAUGUUGAUUCUUAUGUGCUUGUUAUUUUACAAUCUGGAGGAGGUAUCACUGUAAAGAUAAUCUGAAAUGAUGACUGCGUUUAGAGACAGAUUUCCCAUGACACUGCUAAUCUGCUGAGAAUUUUACUUGUUUAGUUUGUUUAAAUUUGCAUUAAAUUCAGGACAGUUACAUGUAAGGAAAACCUUCAAAUCAAGAAAAUUCUCAAAUUUAGUUUUUCAAAAGGUGGUUUCAGUGAGAGUUCAUUCAGUUUGAAUGGGUUUGUAAGCAGUCAUUUUACUUUACAGCCCUGGCGGGGCACAGUUUUGUUUAUCAGUAUCAGAUACCACAAUAACCAACUCCUCAGGUAUUCAGGUGUGUGGGAGCCCUUGCAUCUCCUAUUAAACAGAAACUACAAAAUGGGGACAGAUAAUUUUUAUAUGCAAUUAACUUCCUGUUUACCCUAUUUAUCCCUCAAACCCGUUGCCCUCUAUCCUCCCAUUGAGUUCAGUAGCUUCCUUCACACUUCAGCAGUGCUCCUUCGAAGGGUAUGGAUUCUCCAUAUGAGCAAUUGAAAUAACAGAUUGUUAAAGCUCAGUCUUAGCCAUACUCAUGAUUAAUUCAUGACUAAAUACAACGAUGCUGAGGAUGGGAAGAGAAAUGAACUGUACUACUGUACAAAAAAGUACUGUAUGCUUCAUUUCAUUUAAUGCCAGAGAGCUCUGGGAGGUGGAAGGGACCAUUCCUUGCCUGUCGUUUCAUCCAUAUUUGUAUGUACUGUAGCGGGUGGCUAAAACAGGAAAGGGCAGAGAAACAUUUCUUUGGAAGUGUAACUGCCAGGAUAGUUACUUAAAGUUAUCAAAUAAUUACAAGAGAACGUGCUCUUUUCUUCUUCUUGUUCUUCUUCUUAUUAUUAUAUACUUACAUUUCUUUUCAGUCUGGAAGCUCACCAGAUAUGAAUGCUAAUAUUCAAUUGUUCAGCAUAUUGUAAUGGUAAAUGCUUAAAAGUGUAUUUGCUAAGAAUUCAUGAUCUGUCUAUGCUAUAUACUCCUUUUGUUACGAUUUUUUUAAGAAAACUAUUUUUGUUAAUGUAAAGUUAAUAUUUCAGAGCAGAAUUUUUAAACUUAUUGCACUAAAUAGAAGCUCUGUACAAAUAAAUAAUGCCUCAAUGGUUUGAUCACUCCGUUCAAGAAAAUCUUUUGAAAGAGAAAAGUCCUUCUACAGAAGCUUUGUGAUGGAGUGGAGGUAUGUCUAGGUAGAGACAUGCACAAGUCGUGUUAUCAAGGUUUAAUAAGUAAGCAGUUAUCUGUGCUUCCUUUCAGAGAAUCAGACUUUUAAAUUGCUGCCGAAGGUUAAAAAAAAUAUGUAGUAUCAUGUAGCUAACCAGUGCUCUUACCUUUUGGCAAUAGUGAAAUAUUUCACUUCUGCUUCCAGAAGUCAUUUGAUAACUUAAAUUUGUUUAGUUUUCUUUCAGUAAGCCAAUUAAAAGGAUUUACUCUUUUCAUAUCACAGAACCCAAACUAUAUGAAAGGUAUGAAAAUAAAAAUACAUUUAGAAAUGAUAGCUGCUGGGGAGGCAGGGAGUCAGAAUUAUCCAAUCCUGCAAGCACUUAGACACUCAUUUAAUGAACCAUAUCAGUAGCUCCAUUGACAUCAGGAGGGCUGUCUAAGUAUGGAAGUUGUUAAGUUACACAUCCAUUUAAGUGCUAACUGGACUAGAGCUUCAACCUAGGGGAUUCAAACUGGAGCACUGGUGAGGCCUCAGUGCAGGUUAGAGGUCAGACUAUGUAGAAGAAGCAUUGGAGCAGCCUUAAGUUCAUGGAGAGGAGGCAUUCCUGCUGUACCAGUGUCUAAGACAGCAGUGGCACUGAACACCGAUAUUUGUGUAGAUCAGUGGGGUUUAGCAACAGAAAUUUAAAAACUAGCUUAGAUGAAUCCUGGAAACUGGAUUCCAAAGCUAAGAGACUUACCGCAUACCCAGUUGCUUCCAGAGAAACUAAUUUCCACCUUGUUUGGAAGUUAUUGGAGGUGUUUUGAUUGAAGCCUUGGGUUCUGCUCAUUUUGACAACAAAUUUCUGCCAUGACCAGUUCCACAAGUUUGUGUUCUCUGCUCAUUGGAAGUCCUGGGUGGGGGCUUUUCUCUGUAAUUGCAACUAGGACUGCAGUUGGAAACAAAUUUUGUAUUUUUAUAUGACUUGACUGUGCACCAUUUUUAUAGCAGUUUAUCCUGUUUUAAAAAUAAAUUUGUUUUAUUUACAUGGUGUUUAAGAGAUACAGGCAACACUUUUCUAUGCGUAGUUGUAAUGUUUAAGUGACAAAUCUAUAUCAUUACAAAGUUCUUAAUAAAAUCGUGUGCACCAUUCUUGAGUGUGUAUCUGGCAUGCACAGCUUUUCAGUCAUGCCAAAAAGGCAUUCCAUCAACAUGCAGGCUUUCCAGUGGCCCUUUAAAGCUUUUGAAUGUCCUUUGAAGUUCAUUUGCAACCAAACUACAAGCUGCCCUCUUCCAGCUCUGUCUUGUGCAAGGAGAUAAGCAGAAGUGUGACGUCUGAAGAGACAACCUUUCAGGACAAACUUAGACUCUGCUUUCCUUCCCUAGUGGGGAUAGUGGAGUGGGAGAACAUUUGACAUGUAAAUCCAUAGUUGGCAGUAGUGGUGCUGGGGUCUGCCAGUUGUGAUGGAUUAAGUACUUUCUUUGCCAGCUGGUUAUUAAAGCCAGUGUAUGGACUGCUUUGUGGGAAGCAGUCUAGACUAACUAGAGAGUGAUGCUGCACUGGGAGUAACACUGCAGGAGCAGCAAAUGAGACAGCUGAGACAGAGAAAUCAUCUCCUUCCAAAGUCCACUGAAACAAGUAGUGCUUGAGGACUGGAGAUUCAGGCUGGACAAUUUGGGUUUCAAAACGAAGUCAGUGGGAUUACUGGUUCCCAGCAUUUGGUUUCUGCAGACCAUCUGCAUCAUAGCCUCUGAUCAGCUAGGUUUCAAAGGAAAAAAGGCAUGCCAUUCUUUAAAUUGUUUAAUUUUUUUCCACAUUAUUUUACUCUCUAUUUGGCAGUUGAGCAGCAGUGUGUCGCCUUCAUGGCUUCUUCCAGCCCUAGAGAUUUUUUUGUUUGUUCCUUUACCGCUCGUUUCUGUAUUGCUCUUUCAGCAAAGGAGUGCCAAGUGGCAGAGAGUCAGCUCCCCUUUGUCCCACCGAUCUUAGCACAUGCCUUCUCAGUUUCCGGAGGCAGUGAUUCAGGAUAUCACCUGGACUGAAUGGGAGGGGGAGUUGAGCGCUGAGCUGAAGUUCUGAGGUGGUUUUUUUUGUAUGAUAUCACUCCAUCACUGUGCUCGUUGUGGUUAGGAGUGCAGCCCAUCACUUCUACAGUUUCAGUGCUGCUCCACAGCUAGACUAAACAUAUGGUGUGGCCAUCUUAGAAUUGCAUCUUCAGCCUUCCAGUAGCUUGUGUUCACACUCCCAGCUGCCAAAAACAGGAUGGGGUUUUACGUGUAGCCUUAGCUUCGCAUGGUAACCCAAGGACUUUCUGCAUUAGGAAAGCAUGUCAUAGAAGGGAGAACUUAAAGUCAAAAACCCAGUUACACGUUGUGGUAGGUUGACGCUGGCUGGCAGGUAAGCCCCUCCUCUGUUGCUUGCUCAGUAGCUCCAGCAGGAUGGGAGAGAGCAUUGGAAAGACAAAAGUGUUGAGAUAAAAGACAGUUCAUUAAGUAAAGAAAAAAAAGAAACCCAAGUGAUGCAAAGGCAAUCACUCACCACCUCCCACCAGCAGACCAAUGCCCAGCCAAUCUCAAGCAAUGGCUACUUUGGAACUACACACACACAUGCCAGUUUUAUUGCUGAGUAUGACAUUAUAUGGUAUAGAAUAUUUCUUCAGUCUGUUCAGGUCAGCUGUCCUGGCUGUGUGCCCUCCCACCCUCUUGCCCAACUCCAGUCUACUCUGCUGGGGUGGCAGAGUGAGAAACAGAGAAGGCCUUGACCCUGUGCAAGCACUGCUCAGCAACAGGUAAAACAUUGUUGUGUUAUCAACUCUGUUUUGGUCGCAAAUCUAAAACACAGCACCAUGCAGGCUGCUGUGAAGAAAAUUAACUCCAUCCCAGCCUAACCCAGUACAAAGGUCCACUUACCCAAGAGUUAAUCCAAAACUUGCUCCCUGCGUUUCUGUACAGCACCUUCUCAGGGUGGUUACUUCUUUCUGAAAGGGCUUUUUUCGCAGCAGGCAAUUAGCCUGCUCCACAGUGCUCCCUUUCAUGGAGGGAGCAGGGGAUGCUAGCUCUUACUCUUUCAGCACAAAAUGGGGAUAUAAAGCAAAAAUGAGCCCUUUCUGUAUCAGUGUUCUGGCAAUUGAGCAGCCAGUGUUGGAGACAACAUACUUAAUGUGCCCUCAGGGCAUGCACUUUAGUGGUUUGCUCUGAGUGGUUAUGAUGUAUUCUAUGAAUGUAUGUUAUAGAGUCAGAAUAAAAUGCAUGUAGCAGACAUAUACUUAUCAUCACCAUCCAGUGAUCAUUUGGUUCCGAGUGCAUAUUACACGCUGUAUUGAGCAUGGCACAGUCAUUUUAAGAAACACUUUUAAGAUCUAGAAGUAGAUACCUAACAGCAUCCCUGUUUUUUAAAUCAUGGCUUUGCCUGUGGAGAUACUGUUUACUAAAUCUAAACAUCACUAGUCCAUUGUUUCUUGAACAGCUUGUGUGUCACAUUAUCACCACAGAAAUCCUAUUUCAUCUUUGUGGAAAACCCUUGCAUUUCCCAAAACAAAACUCAACAGACUUAUUUGAAGCAUUUCUUGCACUCAGCUUGUUUGUUUGGAUGAUGGAAGUUUACUCCAUUUGAUUUUUAAAUGCUCUUUCAACUAUUUCAUCUCUGCUGUUAUUUCCAUCACAUAACAGGAGAUUAUGGAGACUAGUAAAUUUGUAUUUCUUGUGUUCUGUAGCAAAUACUGUUCUCAAGGUAUUUUUUUUUCUUUUAUAUUUAGAGAGGUGAGAGAAGAGAUGGAACUUCUCUCUUGUGAUGCAAGUCAUGUAUAAAAGGCAGAAUUUCUGGUCUGGGAUGGAGCUGUGAUGUGUCUUGCAGUGUUUGCAAGCUGAUGCAAUCAAGCCAAAGCUCUUCAGAGACAAUAGGAUUAUGAAAAUAUUUCUAGGGACAAUAGGUAGCAUGAAUCCAUCUAAAUUUACCCAUUUGGAGGCUAAACUAUGGCAUUCAUUUGACGGAGAUCUGUUAAAAGAGAACUAGCAGAGAACCAGCAAACACCAUCAGAUUGUACUCCCCUGUCUCACUGAGGUCAAGUCAUCAUAUGUGAAUAUGAUGAGCAGAAUUUGGUGUUUUAAGCAUUUGGUACUUUUCUACAGAAACAUGGGACUCCCCUUAGAACCAAAGUUUCAAGAAUUCAGAGCAAAAGUACCAGCUGACUAUAGCAGAACUAGCCUAAUUUCAGUAACUUUAGAGACAGCUCUGGCCUCUCUAAGUAUGUGAUGGAAGAUGCUGGCAGCAUAGGUGGCUACCAUUCCUCAAGCACACCACCGCUCCCCUCUGGCUUGAGUGAAAUAGGGGCAGCUAGCAAGUAUUUCAGGAAGGUUUUGUGAGAUUAGGAAGCUGAUUACUCCUGAAACCCAGCAGAAGUUGGGCACUGACUGGAGUUCCUAUUAAAGUCGUAAUUUUUAACUCUCAAAUAAAUAUUGCGUGUGCUCCAGUAUUAGUAUUGGUUGGGUCCCUCCCUGUUCAAACUGAAAAGGGAGAAUAUCUUUUACUAGAAAAACAGUGCCGCAGACAAUGCAAUAGUGUCUCCUAGGAGAGUGAGGGAGGAGGAAACAGAAAGGUGGUUUAGUUUCUAAUGUAGGCUAGAAAGCAGCUGCCAGAAGUUAGGUGGAUCCAUGGAGAGCAGGAUUUCACAGGUAGAAACUCUUCUGCAGGAUCUUCACAGUAGUUAAGAAAAUUCACAUUCCAAUUCACAGACAUCUCACAGCAACAUCCCCUGUGCCCUGCUUUUAUUUUGCUCUGGAGCUCUUCCGAGCAAGAAAGAAGGUGGAAUCCUAUACCUAUAGAAAGGAAUUAUUUCUAUACGGUGGAUUGUGUUGCUGAUUAUAGCAAUUACCCCAAGGAAAAAGGAGAAUCUUCUGAACAGAUUUUAAAGGCUUGACAGUACUUGCAUUGUCAUAGUCCAUCAAAGCUUCAUCUGGAAACAGAUUUUUCAUCUUCUUUCACUCAUACUUCUAACAGGGCAAUCAAACCCUGGACUGGCUUAGUGAUUUACAUUGAAUCAAGAUCAACUAAAAAGUGCUCCUUUUUCCAGUGGAAUGCCACCUCCUUUUGGAAUGGGAAAAGUAAAUGUGACACUGUUUAUUGUUGUCUUGAGAACUUGAAAUGUUUUAUACUGCAAGCUGUGAAUGCAGGAAGAGAAGGGAAAUUAACAGUGCUGAUCUAAUCUUAGAUUUUCUGUGUAAACUGACAUUGUGCCAGGAUACUGAUGCAAAACUGUAUUUUAGUCUAAGAAAUGUACAGAUUUUUUUAAUGUAUCAAAAUAAAGUUUUUCUUUUUAAGUAAGAAAAA